AUGGACCCAAUCGUGUCAGCGGUCACCCACCGCAAGCUGCACCCGCCGCCGCCGCCGCACGGCUACCUGGGCUACGGGCCGCCGCCGCGGCACGCACCGCAUGAGCGCGCAGGCAGCCGGCUGGCCGCGUCUGCGGCGGCGGCGGGCGGCGGCGGCGGCGCGGGCGACGACACGGCGGCCACCCCCGGCGGCCUGUCCGCCCGCCCCUCGCAGCAGUCACUGCCGGGGCUGGCGAGCACGGCCGGGCCGGGCGGCGUGGCAGGCGCUGCAGGCGCGGCCCAGGCCGCGCUGCAGCACCAGACUGCGGAGCGGCGGCGGCUGGAUUUGGAUGCCCUGGGCUCUCCAGCCAACGUGCUCACCUCAGCAGGCAUGCGCCGCCAGCAGCAGCUGGCGGUCAGCAGCAGCGGGGGCGAGGAGGAGGAGGAGGCGAGCGAGGGGGUGGCGGGCGGCAGGCGCGCGCGGUACGGCGGCGGCGCCGGCGGCGAUGACGAGCCCAGCAGCGCGCCGCCGUCCUCGGGCCUGGCAGCCGGCGACAGCCUGGCGGGGGGGCAGGGCGCCGGGUCGGCCAUCAACCUGGCGUAUGCUGCUUCGGUUGACCUCAUCAAUGCCCCCAUCCAAGAGAUAGAGCCUGAGCAGGCGGAGCUGCUGUGA